AUGAUCCGCUUAUCAGAUCAUGCAACAUUGAAACAAGGAUCUGUAAAUAUUUCUAUAGAUGACCCUGAAAAAAACUUAUAUAAAGAAGAAAAUAGUGACAAGCAAAUUGCCUAUAUCACAUUUGAACGAGAAACUGCUGUAAGAACUGCCCUAAUGUUGACAAAUGCUGUUGUUGGAAAUUGUCAAAUCACUGUCAAGUCUGCUGAUGAUGCAUCAAGCAGCGAUGAAUGUUUAGAUGGUGGUGAAGGAUAUGAUGGUCAAGAAGGAAAAUCAAAAGCAGCCAUACUCGCGGAAAUUAUAGCCACCGGUAUUCAAUUACAAGAAAGCAUACUCAAGAAAUUUUAUGAAUAUGAUGCUAAAUAUCAUUAUAGCGAAUAUUUCAUGCAAUAUUUUUCCCCUAUCCAGGAAAGGCUUUAUGCAAUUAAUGACAAAUAUGAAAUAUCCAAUACUGUUACCGCCAAAGCACAGGAGUUUGAAAAAAAGUAUGCCUUUCAAGAUAAAAUCAAGUUAGCUCAAGACAAAGCAAACUGUGCACUAUGUUCACCCACUGGCCAAAAAGUUGUUGACCUUUAUACAAAUACAACGAAACAACUCUGUGAUAUUCAUUGUUUGGCAAAGCGAAUCGCAAGUGAGAGAAAAGCACAACAUGUUGAAGCUCACUAA